CUGGAUGGUGUGAAGAGAGGAGCUGCUGGGCUUUCCCGGGCGCCCCGGCAGCGAGGCAGCACCAUGCUGGCUCCAAAGAAAGGCCUCCUGUGCAACCUCAACCACAUCCACCUGCAGCACAUCUCCCUGGGGCUGCACUUGUCGCGGCACCCCGAGCUCCAGGACACCGAUGGCUCCACRGUUGGGGGAGAGCAGACGGGCUGCACGCAGUGCCCCGAGAACCGUGAGCCGCUGGAUGCCAAUUCCAACAGCCCUUCGGUGAAAUGCCGCUGCUGCGAGUCGCAUGCCCCGGAGCCGGAGACGCUGAGGCUCCAGAAUCAGGCGGUGCAAGAGGAAUUCCCCUGCCUGCACAGCGGAGACGAGGAGGAGGCAGCUUCCCCUUGUGAUCCCCCUUGUGAUCUGGCUUCUUCUUCCUCCUCCUCCUCCUCCUCCUCCUCUGUCAGCAGCUGCUCGGAUUUCAGCUUGGAUGACUCCCCGGUCUCCGUGUACUGCAAGGAGUUGGCCAGGGAAGAGUCCCAAUCUCCUGACAAGCAGCUCGACGUCAUUCCCGCAGAAAACGCCCGGGAUGGCGAGGCUGUGGCUGCCCAGGACAGGACGUGUGACGGGAGAGAUGCCAACCACAACUCGCCGGUGCUCCGGAGAGCCUCCACCGCAGCCAGCAAGAGCCCGGACAGCCUCUGCAGCAACAACUCGCUCGACUCCCAGUGCGACGAGCUCUCUCCCGGCCCAGCAGCGCAGGRCACCCGCGCUGACCUAGACCCCAAYUGCAACCCCMUCCCCGAGCGCGAUGCCGCGCCGGCWGCACCGCCGGUACCGGAACGGCGGGACCCCGGGAUCCCGAGCGGAGCUCCGGAGCCGCGGCCCCGGCCGGGCAGCCUCCCCCCGCCCGUGCCCCCRCGUCCCCGGCGGCGGCUGCAGAUCCUCAACGCGCACCGAGCGGAGCAGCGGCCGGCAGAGCCCAAASCCGACACGGGCACCAAGACCAUCACCUCCUUCCACGAGCUGGCCCAGCGGAGGAAGAGGAACGUGGCCGUGCCCACGCCGGCCCAGGCCAGGGUUGACCGCAGCGACUGGCUGAUCGUGUUCUCGCCUGACACCGAGCUGCCCCCCACCAGCGAGCUCCUGUCCGGCACCGCGGGCCAGGAGCCAGCCCGACCCCAGCCCCAGCCCCCGCCCCAGCCCCAGCCCCAGCAGGAUGGGCCAGCCAGACCUCCCGGCUCCAGACAGAGAGAGGUGACCACCUUCAAGGAGCUGCGGUCCCGCAAUGCCGCCAGUGUCCCUGUCCCCACAGGUGUGAUCUCCGUGCUUUACUCCCCCACGGCUUUCUUCGCCCUGAGCCAAGGCCCUCUCCCCCACCUCGCCGACGAACUGCUGCUGCUCAUCCAACCCCUGUCGGUGCUGACUUUCCACCUGGACUUGCUCUUCGAACACCACCACCUCUCYGUGGACGUCCGGCCCUUGUCCCGCCGGCCAGAGUUGCCGCUGUCCCCCGCCCGUCACCGCGGGGCCGCGUCACUGCACAGCCCGGAGGAUGAGACCCCUCCAGGGGCUCUGGGCAGGGUGGGGGGCGCAGGGGGCACCCCGAGGGUGCGGCCCCAAACCUCCAUGGGUGGGCUGGUCCCCACCCCGCCCGUGGGGGCUGCCCUGCACCAAACCUUCCAGCACGUUCUGCGCUGGGGUGACCAGCUCGGCCGUGCCCUGCUGGGGUCUGACAGCGCCCCGGAGAGCCGGGGGCCCGAGCAGGGCUCUGCGGGCACUGGGGCUGGCCUGGGCGGCUGGUGGGGCCAGCUGAGCCAGAGCUCCAGGGUUUACACUGCUCCCAGCAAGGAGAAGUUCCCUUUGGUGUGGUGGACGAAGCUGCGGGCGGCUGCGGGGGAUCCCRGCCCGGGUCAGGCUGUGCAAUCCCAAACUUCCCCGGCUGAGCCCCGAGGGACGGAGCUGCAGCUGCUGCAGACCAAAACCAUCCCCGAACGCUCUGGCCCCAAGCCCUGCAGCAGCACGGACACCUCGGGCACCUCCUCGCCUGAAGAACUCUUCCUUCCCUCUGGAACAGCAGCGCUCCCCGAGCUGGAGGAUCCCUCUGCUGGAAAGAAUCUCCCGGCUGCUCCCGCGGAGCCUCGGGCCAGCAGGAGCCGGGCAGCCCCUCCUGGUGACCCUCCUGGUGCUGACAAGGGCGGCUGGCUGGGCCGGCUCUUCGGAGCCACCAACCCCUCGUCCAGGAGCUUCCCCCAGAGCCCKGACUCCAUCCUGGCCAGGUCCAGGAGGCCGUCCCGCUGGCUGGCCCCCGCGCUGGUCAAGGGCCUGGCGUCCGAGCGGAGCCGUGGCCCGGAGCAGCCGGACAGGAGCCCCCCUGGGCCACCCCAGAGCCACAGGGCGGUGCGGGCGCUGUGUGACCACACGGGCACCGCCGAGGGCCACCUGAGCUUCCACAAAGGGGACAUCCUGGAGCUGCUGUCCACCGUGGACGAGGACUGGAUCCGCUGCUGCCAUGGAAACAGCAGCGGCCUGGUUCCCGUCGGUUACACAUCCCUGAUUUUGUGAGGAGGAGGAGGAGGAGGAGGAGGCGGGAGGGACCCGCGGGAGCUCCGGGAAGGGAGGGGACAUCUCCUGCCACCUCCGGGGCUGGCAGAUCCCCGGGGGGACCCUGCCCCGCGCCUGUCACUGCUGCUCCUUCGCAUGACGUCGCCGUCUGCCACCACCGCGUCCCCCGGAGCCGCUGGCACCGMGCUGCGGCUCCUUUUUGGGAGCGGYUCCUCUGCCCRCCCCCGUGCCAGGCC